AUGGCACAAUCGAACCCUCUUUCCGCGGUAGAGGUAGAGCAUGUUCCUCUCCUACCCGAAUAUCCAUCUACGCAUCAGGAUGGGUAUGCAUAUAUCGUAAACCUACGGCAUAUGACAUUAGAGGAAAAGGGCGCUGCCUUGUGGGGGUUCCAAUAUUGCCGGAAACGCGAAUCUAGCCCCCGAGCUAUCUAUUGCUCAUUCCUAGGCUGUACUGUUCGGAACAUGUUUAACACUACGAAGCAACGGUUUCUUGACCUUACAUCUUGUGUUAAGAUCAAUGGGACCUGCGAGGUAGUGUAUAAGGUUCAUCAGCAUCUAGACAUUCAUGGCAAGCAGAUCCCAUAUAUCGCAUGCCGUAACCACAACUCUAAGAAUCCGAAUGAGCAUUUCUAUCAGAGCUUCCAGUUCCUUCGGCAAGUGAUUGAUAUAUCGCUUCUAGAGCAUCUAUUUAAGAAAGGAGCGCUAGAUCCAGACGAACACACCGACAACAAUCCUUCCGAAUUCAUCGAGGACCGAGCGUUGCCGUAUGAAAUAUAA